CUUGAACUGAUUCACCACCAACUCUUCAAAGUACCACUCCGGGUUUUGUCAUCUCUACAUACCCAUCAUCACAACGUCGCCAUGAGUGCUUUAUCACUUCGCAGUUAUGGAGGCAGCCGAAGCUCAUCCUCCAUGUCUCUCGGAGGAGGUUACCAGAGUCGCAUCGCAUCACAGGCACCAAGCAUCUAUGGAGGGGCAGGGGGACAGAGGGGCAGCGUAUCUUAUGCUUCAGGCACCAGGAGCGGUUUUGAUCUGUCCAGUGCGCUUGGGGGUGACAAUGGUAGUAAUGGAGUGUCGGUCAACGAUAAAGCUACCAUGCAGAACCUCAACGACCGUUUGGCCACCUACCUGGAGAAGGUGCGCUCCUUGGAGACAGCGAAUGCCCAGCUCGAGCGUCAAAUCCGCGAGUGGUACGAGAAGAAGACACCGGUCACCAGAGAUUACAGCAAAUAUGAAGCUAUUCUUGUCGACCUGCGCAGCAAGAUCAGUGCUGCCACUCUGUGCAACGCCGGUAUCCUCCUGCAGAUAGACAAUGCCAAACUGGCAGCAGAGGACUUCAAAGUCAAGUUCGAGAAUGAACUGGUUAUGCGUCAGUCGGUGGAGGCAGACAUCUCUGGACUGAGGAGGGUUCUGGACGAGUUGACCAUGUCCCGGUCAGACCUGGAGAUGCAGAUCGAGGGGCUGAAGGAGGAGCUGGUCUACCUCAAGAAGAACCACGAGGAGGAGAUUGCUGCCAUGCGGGCCCACAUGAACGUCAGCUCAGUGAACGUGGAGGUGGACGCAGCACCCCAGCAGGACAUGGCCAAGAUGAUGGAGGAGAUCCGUACUCAGUACGAGGGUAUCGCCGAGAAGAACCGCCGCGAAAUGGAGACCUGGUACAAAGGCAAGUUUGAUGAGCUGAACAAGGUGGUGACCACCAGCACAGAGACCCUCCAGACGUCCCGCAGUGAGAUCAACGAGCUCAAGAGGACCCUGCAAGCCCUGCAGAUCGAGCUGCAGUCCCAGCUCAGCCUGAAAUCAGCAUCAGAGGGCCAGCUGAAUGAGACCGAGUCCCGCUACAGCAUGCAGCUGAACCAGCUCCAGGGCAUGGUCAACAGCCUGGAGCAGGAGCUGGGUCGCAUGAAGACGGACAUCGAGAGGCAGGCCGGCGAGUACCGCAUGCUCCUGGACAUCAAGACCCGGCUGGAGAUGGAGAUCGCCGAGUACAGGAGGCUGCUGGACGGAGAGGAUGUCGGGAGAGCUGUCAUCACCAAGCAGGUUGAGAUUGUUCAGGUCAAGAAACCUGAGCCAGUGGUGACAAAGCCGGUUGAGAUUGUUCAGGUCAAGAAACAUGAGCCAGUGGUGACAAAGAGAGUGAGGAUGGUGAUCGAGGAGAUAAUCGAUGGAAAGGUUGUCUCCCGUACAGAGGAUGUGGAUAUGGAGGUGGCGAAAAAAUAGUUCCCUUACCCACCCAAACCUACCUGUCAUUAAAAGCCUGGUUCCACCUACAGCUAAAAGGAAUACCAAGAAUGUUAAAAAUGUUACAAUCUCCUCUGGAUUGCAUUGCUCUGGUGUUGCAUGUAUGCUCGUUGAAUGUACAGAACCGUGCAAUCUUUGAUAAAUUGACCAUAUUUGAUAUUUAAGUUGACUAAACAAACAUGCUUUUUGAAUAUCGUUGUUGAUCAAAUGAUAAUUUAUGACGUUUGGUUGAAUUGUCCCUAAAUACAUAAUAAAAGAUAUUUCAGUA